CAACAAUUAUCCAUUUAUUCAUAAUCUCCCCGCAAAUUCCUAUUUCUUAUGACAUAUAUCGAUACUGAAUGCUAUGAAUUGCAGCAUAUGUAAAGUUGUCAUAAAGUUCUAAAUAAAACGUCAAUUAUUUCAAAUAUGUCGUAAAAUCUUAUUUCCGCCAGAAAGAAACUUUCUUUUGUGCAAAUUGGUCCACUUUCCUAUCCUUGGUAAGAAUUCCUUAUUCCUUAAAUAAUUUAAUAAAUAUCCAAAGAAAAGAAAUCCUAAUUCCUGUGUUUUAUUUUCUUUCUUUUUUUUUCAUUCCUUGCUUAUUAAAUUAUUCUGAGUUACAAAAUAUAUUCAUAUAUUUUGUUUUGGCUCAGAGAGAAUAAUAAAGUUUUCCAAUCAUCCAGCCUUUCAUCCCCAUCCAAAGCUUUGAACGAAACACUUUGGUCCAGUUCGAACCGGAUAAUUUGGAAGAUAUAAUUCUCUCGGAGAUUACAACUCAUUGUGCCUAAUUCUACCAACAAAGGAUUACUUCCAACAGUCAACAAUUCCACAGAGCAUCAUGCCUAAACGCCAACCCAAAAACAUCAAAAGCUCCAAUAAUCGUCGCCGUCGCCAACAACACAUUAAGCUGCCUAGCAACUACAACAGGUUCCUAUGCCGUCUAUGCUCUCGUCCGCACCCAUUACGCACCUGUCGCAAAUUCCUAGCUAUGAACAUGAAAGAACGCCUCGAUGCCGUGAGAACUCACAAAUAUUGUCAAAAUUGCUUAGCUCACGACCACUCGCAAGGAACUUGUCUCUCAAAGCACGGCUGUCGACAUUGUAACAAGUUUCAUCACUCCCUUCUCCAUAUUAAUCCUAGGCUUUUAAAAGAUUUCGGGAUAAGCCCAACACGCUCGAACUCUCGAUCGCGAUCACCGUCUCCUCAACCCUCGACGUCACACUUUGCGCGUAGAAAAGCAGCCCUACCAACACCCUCCACUACUACAUUAUCGUCGUUGUUACGUCAGAACAGCACAAUUCUUUUGCCAACGGUGUUAGUGAAGAUUGGCUCCACAGCUAACCAUGCCCGUUGCCUCCUAGAUUCUGGUUCUGCCGUCAGUAGGAUAUCGAAAAGGAUGGUGGAUAAGCUUCAUCUCACAACUUUGACCAUGGAAGCUGAAACUAUGUGUCCUAUAGUGCUGAAAUCUCGUUUUGAUUCAGAAUGCAAGAUUGAGGGAAUAUUACGUGUUGAUAACCGAAUCACGUCUAAGACUCCUGCUAAUUCGUUACCGGCGAGUUUUAAGCAGCAUUUCCGGGAUUUGUUUCUAGCGGAUCCGAAAUUUUUCGAAUCCGCCGGAAUUGACGUCAUCAUAGGCGUCGAUUUGUAUCCGAAGGUGAUGAGAGAGGGCGUUUUCACAAAAACUGGGUUGCCAACGGCGCAAAGUACCAUCUUUGGAUGGACCAUUUACGGCGCUUGUCUUACUUAAACCAUGUGCACUUGUAUAUUCGAUAAAGCAAAAUAAAACCAAAACAAACGAACACAAAUAUUUUAUUAAUUGAAUUUUCCAAUAAAAUAUAUUCAUUGAAUUCCAUAUAUCCAUAUAUUUCCAUUUAUUUCCUUUUGCAACAAAUAUUGUUAUUUAUUCUUUUCCUUUCUAUAGCACAGAUGUCCAAAGGAAUCAACUUACUAAUAUUAACAUUAAGUUUUCCUAACCUCACAACUAUAUUUUGUAAUUCCUUCUAGCAGAAAUAAGUAUUUUACGACAAUCCUUAUUCCUUUUUUCCAUAGUUUGUAUACUGCAAGGCGGGCGGUAAUGUUUAUGCCAAACAACAAUUAUCCAUUUAUUCAUAAUCUCCCCGCAAAUUCCUAUUUCUUAUGACAUAUAUCGAUACUGAAUGCUAUGAAUUGCAGCAUAUGUAAAGUUGUCAUAAAGUUCUAAAUAAAACGUCAAUUAUUUCAAAUAUGUCGUAAAAUCUUAUUUCCGCCAGAAAGAAACUUUCUUUUGUGCAAAUUGGUCCACUUUCCUAUCCUUGGUAAGAAUUCCUUAUUCCUUAAAUAAUUUAAUAAAUAUCCAAAGAAAAGAAAUCCUAAUUCCUGUGUUUUAUUUUCUUUCUUUUUUUUUCAUUCCUUGCUUAUUAAAUUAUUCUGAGUUACAAAAUAUAUUCAUAUAUUUUGUUUUGGCUCAGAGAGAAUAAUAAAGUUUUCCAAUCAUCCAGCCUUUCAUCCCCAUCCAAAGCUUUGAGCGAAACAGCUCCUAUAUA